CUCUCUCUCUCUCUCUCUCUCUCUCUCUCUCUCUCUCUCUCUCUCUCUCUCUCUCUCUCUCUAAACUUAUAGUUCUUCAAGAAAUGGACAGUGCUGCCAUGGAAAAUGGGCAUUCAAAUGGGGUGACCAUGGAUUUUUGCAUAAAAGAUCCGUUGAACUGGGGUGUGGCAGCUGAGUCACUAAUGGGUAGCCACUUGGAUGAGGUGAAGAAGAUGGUGGCGGAGUAUCGGAAGCCGGUAGUGCGGCUUGGUGGUGAGACGCUGACAAUAUCGCAGGUGGCGGCGAUUGCUGGCCUUGAUAAUGCUGUCAAGGUGGAGCUGUCGGAGGCGGCGAGAGCCGGAGUUAAGGCCAGCAGUGACUGGGUUAUGGAGAGCAUGAACAAGGGUACGGAUAGUUAUGGUGUCACCACUGGUUUUGGUGCUACUUCACAUAGGAGGACCAAGCAAGGUGGUGCUCUUCAGAAAGAGCUUAUUAGGUUUUUGAAUGCUGGGAUCUUUGGCAAUGGAACAGAGUCUUGCCACACACUUCCACACUCAACAACAAGAGCAGCCAUGCUCGUAAGGAUCAACACCCUUCUUCAAGGCUACUCCGGCAUUAGAUUCGAAAUCCUGGAAGCAAUCACCAAGUUCCUCAACCACAACAUCACUCCAUGUUUGCCCCUCCGUGGCACGAUCUCUGCCUCCGGUGACCUUGUCCCCUUAUCCUACAUAGCUGGACUACUCACCGGCCGGCCAAACUCCAAGGCUGUUGGACCCACUGGAGAAACCCUCGAUGCAGAGGAAGCAUUUCGUCGUGCUGGAGUCAGUGGUGGAUUCUUUGAGUUGCAGCCCAAGGAGGGCCUUGCACUUGUCAAUGGCACUGCUGUUGGUUCAGGCUUGGCCUCUAUGGUUCUUUUUGAGGCCAACAUACUUGCUGUGUUGUCUGAAGUUCUAUCAGCUAUUUUUGCUGAAGUGAUGAAUGGAAAACCUGAAUUCACUGACCAUUUGACUCAUAAAUUGAAGCAUCACCCGGGCCAAAUCGAGGCUGCAGCUAUCAUGGAAUACAUUUUAGAUGGAAGUUCUUAUGUUAAGGCAGCUCGGAUGCUACAUGAGAUGGAUCCUUUGCAGAAACCAAAACAGGAUCGUUAUGCUCUUCGAACAUCACCCCAGUGGCUCGGUCCACAGAUUGAAGUGAUCCGUUCAGCGACCAAAAUGAUUGAGAGGGAGAUCAACUCGGUUAAUGACAACCCUUUGAUUGAUGUUUCAAGGAACAAGGCCUUACAUGGUGGUAACUUCCAGGGUACCCCAAUUGGUGUGUCUAUGGACAAUACGCGUUUGGCCAUUGCAUCGAUUGGAAAACUCUUGUUUGCUCAGUUCUCCGAGCUUGUUAAUGACUUCUACAACAAUGGGUUGCCUUCCAAUCUCUCUGGUGGACGAAACCCGAGUUUGGACUAUGGUUUCAAGGGAGCUGAGAUUGCUAUGGCUGCAUACUGUUCAGAGCUUCAAUUUCUUGCAAAUCCGGUCACUAACCAUGUCCAAAGUGCUGAGCAACACAACCAAGAUGUGAACUCCUUGGGCUUAAUAUCUUCACGAAAAACUGCUGAAGCUGUCGAUAUAUUGAAGCUCAUGUCAUCGACAUAUCUUGUGGCACUGUGCCAAUCUAUUGAUUUGAGGCAUAUUGAGGAGAAUUUGCAGAACACUGUCAAGAAUACAGUAAGCCAAGUGGCUAAACGGACUCUGACUAUGGGUGUUAAUGGGGAACUUCAUCCAUCAAGGUUUUGUGAGAAGGAUUUGCUUAGAGUUGUGGAUCGUGAACACGUCUUUGCCUAUGUCGAUGACCCCUGCAGUGCCACCUACCCCUUGAUGCAAAAACUGAGACAAGUUCUCGUUGAGCACGCUUUGAACAAUGGCGACAAUGAGAAGAAUGUGAGCACUUCGAUCUUCCAAAAGAUUGGUGCUUUCGAGGAUGAACUUAAGGCCCUGUUGCCAAAAGAGGUCGAGAGUGCAAGAACUUUGGUUGAGAAUGGGAAUCCAGCAAUUCCUAACAGAAUUAAGGAGUGUAGGUCUUACCCAUUGUACAAGUUUGUGAGAGAAGAGCUGGGGAUGGAGUUGCUGACCGGAGAGAAGGCUCGAUCACCAGGAGAGGAGUUUGACAAGGUGUUCACUGCAAUGUGCAAGGGAGAGAUUAUUGAUCCACUGUUGGAUUGUCUCAAGAGUUGGAAUGGUGCCCCUCUUCCCAUCUCCUAGUUCAAGUUUGCUGCUCUUGGAACAUUGCUUUACAUCUUCUACUGUCUUGAUUUUUUUUCCCCCUUUUUAUUGUUUGUAGGCUAAAAUUUAAGGAUGUGAGACUAUCUGUUAGUACUUAUGUAUGUAAUUGGUGUUGCUCUUGUUCACUGCAAUAAUUGAAAAUGAGGUGGAUUUCCAAUUCGUG